AUGCUGCCCCGUGGUGGAGUUGCCUGCCUUCUGGAAAAAAGUUCCACGCUUAAUGAGCCUGCAAGUAAAGCGAAAAAAGCUUACUGUUUCCUUCCACUUCCUCUCGAGACUAGUCUCCCAUUACACAUCAAUGGACACUUUGCAUUGGAUCAUGAGUCAAGAAGAAAUUUGUGGAGAGACGAAGCUGGUGGUUAUCGCACCGACUGGAACAAUGCCCUGCUUGGAGACGUGAUUUCAUCAUGUUACCUGACACUUCUGGAUGAAGUCAGGGGUUUUUUUCACCUUCAAAUCUCCCUCAAUUCGGCACAAAGUAAACUUCAAUGUAACAAGGAUGCUUUGUUUACCAAGAUUGAUGAGUACGAAAAGCUUUUCCCUCUAUAUAUUUCAGAAGAAACCUACUGGGCGACCUUGAUACGAUCCGUUUAUCGAGGUAUGGACGAAAAGGGAUUAAGACUCCUCCCAGUGGUGAGAGGUGGCGGAUCAGAAAGGAAUGACGAGGAGACUCAACUUACGUGGCUUCCUCCAACAGGCGAGGGUAAAGAAAAGGCAUUUUUCAAUAAUCUUGGAGCAAGUGAUUGUUUCGCUAGAAAACCGAGACGUCCCCUUCUUGAAAGCGACCUGGAAAAAGAGGAGAAACAAAGAACGGGAAAGAUAAGGAGGUUCGAAGACAUUCUACUACAAACAGGCUUUAACCUUGUGAAGUUCUCGAUUUUAGUGUAUGAUGCACUGAAAAAAUCUGGCGUGGAAUCGCAUUGUGUCUCACCUUCUGCAGUAAUGGCGUUCUACAAGACUUUUAAUGAUGACAAUCCGCUCUGCUGUGUUGGACCUAUGUGUGUUCAUAUCAAGAAUACGCUAUUUAAGGAGAUUGAGAACGUUUUGCUUGUUCUAAACUACUGCAAAGAUGACGAAAACUUCCUGGAAAAUCUGUCAGGACUGCCUUUGCUCGCAACACAGAACAAUCACCUACACAUUUUCAGUCCACAUGAUCCUAAGUAUAUAUCGCGUCAUCAUGGUAUCUUACCACAGUGCAGUGAGAUGUUUGUCCACAAUAAUAUGAGAAUUCACAUCUUUAACGCCGCGAAGAGUCAGGAUUCGCCUGUGUUUAAACGUUUUGGAGUUGAAGAUUUUGCCACAUUUUUAGAUCGAACCCUACCAUAUGAGUAUUCUACCAGCAGUGGCUUCGUUGCAUGGUGCCCGACACAGGAAUCAGUGCCUAAUAAGCAAUGGGUGGAAGCAGUUUGGAAGUUUUUGGAUGAAGAAACAAAAUUUAAGGAAGAGGGGAAAACUCCAUCACAAGGAGAAGAGAUUGAAAGAAUUAAAAAAAUUCUUCAACCACUGUCAAAUUGGAGUAUUCUUCCAUGUACUGAAACAAUCCAGAUGGCACCAUCGGGCAGAACAGAACACUUCCUUGUUCCCCUUAAUCUCGCUCAGGCUGUACUUGAUUUUUCAUACUCCGAUAUCGAUGCCGUUAUUAGCAAACUUGUUGAGUCUUUGAGGAAGCUGAGCCUAGCUGAGGUGAACUGCAGUUUCUUGCCUGGCGACUCAAAGUACCUUGCACGGAAGUUGGUAGCAUCACUUAAGACACCAGAAUACCUUCUGAAAUCACUGGGGAUUAAAAUGGCAACGAACCCCAAAGCUAUUGAGGACAAAUUGACGAGAAUAGAAUGUGACAACAUUUUGGAUUACUUCAGUCGUAAUGUGGAAAGGCUGCAAGAACGCGACAAGCUGCCACUUAUGAAACUUCCGUUUUAUCAAACAACGCAUGGAAUACUCACAAGUAUUUGGGGUAAAUCAAUUUGCGUCCUUCCACAUGAUAUCCCACGCGAAGAAGUGGAGGAGCUGGGGAGUCGAUUAAACGUGGUUUUUUUAGAAGAGUGGACACGUCUGCUUCCACUGUACAAAUUUCUUGAAUUCAAAUGUGUCUCCACUGUUGACUUCUAUUGUAAAUUCAUAUUGCAGAACAUGGCAAUUUUUAGCAGCACGGCAAGACUUACUCAUCUUAAGCACAUUCGUGACGUCGUUUUGCCAGGACUAUCUCAAGGAGACACAAACGAAAAGCAGAGGGUGCUCAAGCAGAGGCUGCUCGGCUGUUUGAGUGAAACAGCUUUUAUUCCCUUUACAGAUGGAAGUUUGAAGAGGGCGUCCUUCUAUUACGAACCUGGACAUGAAGUUUUCAGAGCACUGCUUCCUAAAAACAUGCUUCCCCCAGAACCAUUCAACAAGCCCGAUUGGCUGCAGUUUUUGAGGAAAAUCGGGCUGACGUGUGAUGUUUCUAAAGAUCUUUUUCUGAAGUUUGCAAUUGAAAUUGAACGCGAAGGUGCAACACAGAAAAACGACGUAACUUACACAAAGUCCAAGGUACUAGUGAAACACCUGUUCUGUCGAGAGAAUCUUGUGGAAGAAGGGUUUUUGCAUUCUGUUUGUCACAUCCGGUUUAUAGCCACAGAUCCAGUGGGUGCCGAAUUACGAGCAAUUCAUCCUCAGUUCGGUGAAGGAAGGAAUGGCCAGCUUCCCUACAUUGCAUUUAAGGGUUCUGUGUUACCAGAGCACGGUAAGGCAGCGUGGACAACGGCAUCAAUCCUUCCACGAUGGGCAAAUCCAAGAGAAUAUGUAUACUUGAUGAAAUUCAAGGGUUGGAAAAAUGAGCGUGCCUUCUGUAAUGCUGUCAUCUCCUAUCUUCAGAUUCUAACUGAGCCGACCAUAAAUCAAGUUGUCUUUCACUGCCAAAAUGUAUGCUUUCAACUAGCAGAAGAGAACGAUAUGGAAACUACUCUGGAUCAGAAGGUGACCAGAACGUCAGUGAUGAGGAGUAUCUACAGUUUUUUGCAGAAAAACGCCCCUUCAAGUAAUUUUGCGAAAGAACGACUUGAUCUUACUCCCUGUAUUUUGGUGCAAGAGGGUCAACGUUUCGUUUUUGCUAAACAAGUGGUUAUCGAGUUGUAUGAGAGCCUUGAAAUUAAGCCAUUUCUAUACAGAAUGCCAAACGAAUUAAGUAGCUUUUCGAAACUCUUUGAAUACCUGGGAUGUUCUCCAUCUGUCACACCUUCCAACUAUGUCAUUGUACUGGAUAUGUUGCACGAACGUUGUAAAGAAGAAAGCCUACAUGUAAAUGAGGUUAACUGUGCUUUGAGAGCGGUCAAAGGCCUCAUGGAAACAAUGCAAGACUCACCUGAUGCAGCUCAGGUUAUUUCGUCGUUGUACCUCCCCGCUACCUGUUCUUACAGCGCUUGUUUGGAUGACAACAACGGGAGACUUAAGGUCGCACUGAUGAAGGCCACCGAGCUGAUCUUCGAGAAUACUCCCCUCUAUCGUGAUCGUAUCAAAAACUUCAACGCACCUUUUGUGGUCGACCUCGACAGAGCUAAAGUUAGCUGCAAAAAUAAUGCAAACUACGAAGAUUUGAUCAUGCUUCUUCCCAGUAAAGUCCGGCCACACAUGAUGUCAUGCGUAAUUGAAGAAAAGUUCUUGAAUUCCAGUGAUAACGCCAAAGGUUUUGACAUAGGUGCUGCUAGUUCAUUAAGGAAACAGCUCCACUCAGAACAGUUCUAUCGAGGAAUUGUGAGACUUCUUCGCCACGUCAGCCGAGGUCGUAGUCUAGAUCAAAAUAUGCUCAUAACUGUUAAAAGCGGUUUGGAAAGAAUUGAAUUCCUUGGAAUGAAAAGAAUCGUUACUCAUCUGGUUCAUAACGGGGUGCCUAUCAAAGAGAGUGAACGCGAAGUUCCAUACUUUUUAGAAAAGGUGUUAGACUCCGGUCACCAGUUUUGGAAAGUAUAUGUUAACGCAGUCGAUGACGUCGACGAAACCAUGUCAAGGAUAUCUCUAACGUUGUCGGAGGUGAUUGCAGAAGUGUGUAACGGGCUUCUGCGAGAAGCCACCAUGUAUAUCCCAGUGAUGCUGGGAUCUCAACCUGGUAAGAUUUGGUCUUUACUGGAUAGCAUGGGGAUUCGACAAGACGAUUCGAACGUCAAAGAAAGGGGAGAUGUUUUUCCACAACCAGGAAGCUUCAUACCAAUAGCAGAACACAACCUUUUAAAUCCAGCUUUCAAAUUCUUCGAGCCUGGGGAAUACGUUGGAUACGAACUAGAUGAUCCAAGUCUUCAUCUUGAAGAAGGGGAUGCAGUUUUCAUUUAUGCUGUGAUACUCAAAGACGUCUCUGGUGAAAACGUCAGCUUUUGUGAGAAGUCCUACCAGAUAGACAUUGGACAUGAAAAGGAACCGAAAGUUGCCCGCGCCACUAAGCUUUAUAAAUUUCACCGUCUUCAAGAGAUAGCAUCCUCUGCCACUGUCCUGUCUGGUCAGCAAGGAAGCUCCCCCUUUUAUAACCAGGAGAUAUUUGACGACAUCUCAAGAAUCCUUGAAGACGCAUGGAAGCUAUCAGAGGACAUCAGAAGACAAAUUAUCAAGAGACUUAUUUUGCAGUGGCAUCCAGAUAAGAAUCCAGGAAACGAAGUCUUCUGCACGGAGAUUUUCCAGCAUAUAAAAAAUGAAAUUGAACGACUAGAAAGAGAACAACUACGUAGAUGCACGGAGUCUGGGAGCCCUCAUGGAUCUUACGGUGUGUAUUUUCCCUUCUGGGGAGCUCGUGUAAGGCAAUAUAACUCACAGCGUCAAGAAUACACAGAGAACUUCAUUAGACAUUAUGGGUCUUGGAGCCACAGAUCACGAUCGUGGGAAGUUCCUCCUAGCUUCUGUACCACAAAUCCCCAACCUGCACAGGCACGACGCUGGUUCAGACAAGCUGAGGCUGAUCUGGCAGCUGCUGAUAACGACAUUUCCUCUGCUAAGCCGUCAUUCGUGUGGGCUUGUUUCAAAUGUCAUCAGGUAAGAGACCGAGUGCACAGUAAUCAUUUCGAAUGUGUUGCUUGUAAAAAGAAAUCCAAGGGAACUCAUACAAUAACGUUACUAGUAAAGAGCCAUAUAGCUUGCAAUGGAAGAUCUGAUUUAUUUUGCUUUUAGGAUACAAUAAUUGUAGUUCAUUUGCGCCUUCCUUAGAGAGUUUCGAAACAGGACUUGGCUUGCUAAAUGCAGCGGUGCUUUUCAAAUCCUUCGGGCGUCAUGACGCUAACGUUCAUUGUUUUUCAGGCUGCCGAGAAAGCGCUGAAAGCCGCCCAAUAUUCUUUAGAUUCAAACAAGACCAAUGUUCACAACUUAGUGCAAAAUUCCUUGUCGCUUGAUGACUCUCAACUGACAACAUUAUCGGGCCAGCUUGAAAGUCGCGUGGGCGACUCGACGCGCAUGCGUUACCCCGACCAGGUCAAUUUUCCUGAGAUUCCAAGCGACGUUUAUUCGGAAGAAACGGCGAGAGAUGCUGUGGAUCUAGCCUCAAGGGUAUUAGAGAACGUUAGAAGCAGAAUAAGAUAAGGUACGUGUGUCUGAGGGGAGUCAUUUGGAACACAAAUAUUAACCACGAGCAUUAAAACUCUCUCUUAAGUAUUGGCAAGAACUUGUAAGUGAAACUCAAUUUGAUUGCCGUUUUAAAAUGGUCAAUCGUUAAUGCUAAGCACCAAUCUAAUGUCUUGUUGCACCAAACACCGUUGUGAGACUCAAAUUCCAAUCGAAGAUUAUGAAUUACCUGUGUUCAGAGACAGAACGUUAGUACUAAAUAUCAAUCGUAGUUUUCAUUAUCCAUCGAUGAUGUUAAACCUUCAUUGCUUGUGUUAUGUAAUACAGCAAUCGUUUCUUGUGAGAUCAAACCACGUCAAUCGCCAUUUUGCCACUAAUCGUUUGAACAAUACAUAGAAAUCGCUUGUGCAAAAAGGAAAUCGUCACUGCCAGUACAAAGCAUCGAUUUUUACUGAUUCUAAUACUGGCGUCUAAAGAUCCGCUGGGAUUGGUCCACCUAUAACCAAGUCCUAUAGGCAGCACAUUUUUGUGCACUUUUUAUCUUUGUUGUUGUGAGGGUAAAAAAAAUGAAAAAAAAAACGCUUUUACAAAUUUUGUUGAAUCUGUAGUUUUGGUUUACUUGUUUUGUUACAAUUAUGGGCCGAGAUUAUCUCUCUGUGUGAGAAUGUGACGAUGACUGCAAAUAUCCCGAAAUUUAAAGAAAGCUCGACUCUGUAUCUCGCCUAACAACAACAGAGAGACACCUGGUACUGUGUGUGCCAGCCUGUACCACUCUAAAAACUUUUGUCUCGAAAGAUAACAGAAAUUACCAUAUUUCACCUUUCACAAGGUAAGAAUUUGAAUCUUAAACGAUUGUUUGGUGUUUCGUGCGCCGAUGGCCUUUGACGUCGUGCAGGACUUCGUGUUGAAAUUAGUUCGUAAGGAUUGUUUUUAAUUUCGGUGAGCAGUGGUGGAAUAUGUAUACCAAAUACAAGUAGUCACUUCGACCUCAAAGGAUAAGUGUCAAUAAGAUUUUUGCUUAACAGGUUUUUCUACUAACUUGAAUUGUGUCAAUGAUUAUGACUGCACUCUUUCAUUCUUUACGUAGGAGGCACUCUUCAAGACAGUUUGACUUGGUUAAUGUGACAACCGUCAUAAUUCCUAGUAUCUUUCAUGACUUGCUCGGCCAGAAAACAUUUAUGCAAGAUGGCGUGCAUAAGUAAGUAGUAGAAAAAUAAAGAAAGAAAAGACAAGAUGAACGGUUGUCCUUGUUAGGACUCUUUUCAAGCUUAGUUGAUAUCAAAGCGAGUGAAUUUAUUCAUAAAUUUUAUUAUAUUGAGUGACAAAUAGCUAGUAGAAAAUUCUGUAAGAUUCAUUCGCACAUGAAUAGCCAGAGAGAAAUAAUGCAUUACUGAGCAGUGUUAUGCACGACUAGAAUAAUGCAAGCAAAUCUAAAAGAAUUAAGCUCGUGGUUUACCUUUGUUAUUCUUCUAGGGUUCUCUUAUAGAUUAGUGGAUUAAUUUUACGCCAUAAUACCCUGCGCUCUCACAGCCAGGAAGAAUAUUGAAGUAUGAAAAAACGUUUGUCGUCAUGUUUCUACAUUAUCCAUGAAAUUUUUUCGUUUCUUAUUGUAACUUUGUGUUCUUAUUGAAGAGUUAAAAGGUACCCCUGGAUAGAACUAGGGAAAAGAAUGUUACAAGUAGCAACCAGUAAAACUAUCCUCGAAACCCUUCUAACAGUUUAAAGAUAAGACGUGUUCAUUAAAGAUCUUUAGAGAGAAUUAUAUCGAAUAAAGUUGAGAACCAAGCUGUUUUUUUACUCUUAUCCCUAAAGUAGAUUAGCCAUCAUUACCAGCGAAAAUUGCCAAGCAGAAUUGAGGUUAAUUAAAAGCUUUCAUUGUAUUCAUUUUUGGUCGGUCUCUUACAUUGUAUCAAAAUUAGAGGGCUUUUUCCCCUAAGGGGUUCUUCUUGGCGAUGGGCUAAUGCGAAUGUGCUGCUAGACGAGGUCGCAUUUUCACGACUGGAUUUACUAUAAUGGAGUUGCAUUCCUAGUAGAUUUACCAGUAUGGAGUCGCACAUUUUUGGGAUUGUGUGGGUAAGAAAAUUCUGGUAGGAAUUCAAAACUAAUAUGGGGUUUAUAAUUGGCCACAGAGGAAACUAUAAUGGGUUAGGGGUUCUAAAAAGUCAGCGGCACCUACCCAGCAAAAAUUUACCUAUGACAACCCCCUUAACUUUUACCCCACUACCCCACAGCCCCCUUAGCCCUUAGUCCUUAUUCUCAACAAUGUCUUACUGAGUAAGAUACAGAGACAAAGAAAAGGGGCCAUACCACAUCAUUGCAAUAUGGCACUUUUUUCUUUUAUUGACUGGAACGAUUUUAACAAAACUUCACAGUCCCAUGAUGAACAAACAUAAUGGCUCUGAAAAAAAAACUGGGUUAAAUCUAAAACAGAAGUCUGACCCGAACAGAAAUCCAUCUCAAUUCCCAAUAAUUUUUUUACGAUCCACAUCUUACUUUUUAUUACUGCUCUAUUUGUUUUUGGGCCGUUAUCGGGUCAAUAAGUCCGAACUAAGAUUCUGCACCUCUCACGUAACACCCUUCAUGCGCUUCAUAGAGUCUCGGCUGAGUUGACUCGCAGGGUUCUUUCCAUCCGAGCACCUUGUUUUCUGCAAUCACAUAUUGCUUGCGUUUUCAAGAACACACUUCGUCGCUGUCAGCUCACAAAUACACAAUGAAAAAUAAAACAGAGACAACUGUAUGGAUACCUACUUCUAAACAGGAAUGGGAUGAAAAAUCCACCUUUCUUUAAGGAAAUUUUUCCAGAAAGAUUUUAUUCUCAUCUGUGGGCCGGUCCCACUGUUGCUGCUUGACAAACAGCAGCAUUAACGUUGAACUAAUAUACAUUGCAUAGUGAUUGAAAUGAGACACUAUCAAAUUUUAGUCAUAGUUUUGUUACUUCGCUUUUUGUUCCUGACCCACUUGAAAAUUCGCCCAACCCUUACUCAGUUUUUAAAUCCAAAAUGGCGGCACAAAUGAGAUUACCGUCAGAAUUUACCAAAAAAAACUGAGAUACAAUGCUUCGACGAAAUAGCUGGAUUUUUCAAGUGGGUAUUCUUGUGUAGUUUUAUUUGAUAAAUGAAUUUGCACCGUCUGCAAGCUCCGCACAAUCUGCACGGCCCGCACGGUCUGCAGUUUUAUCAUGACCGUGCAAUGAUGGUCAUUGCUACCUUGAGAUUUUUGCCAAAUAUAUCAAAUUGAUAAAACCAAAUAAUAUUGAUUAUUUUUUUGCAUAAAAAGCAUACGGAUGUUUAUUUAUACGGCAAAAGCAACAGAAGAUACAACAUCCUAAGGCGACCAGUACCACAAACCCCGCCACUGGAAUGGCAAUGAUCAGGAUUUUUUCGAUCCUCGAUAUUGUUUUAUACAAUGUCUUGUGAACUCUGGGAAGGGUAUGACGUCAUUACAUUGUUUUGUGUUUGACAUUAUUCACAAAUUUUGGAACUGGAUUGGAACUGCUUUGUUUGUUUUUAUAAGUUCCCUAGAAAAUUAUUUAGUGGCUCUGCGAUAGGACUUUAUCAGGUAAAUAUCCAUUCAAAAUCAUGAGUUCGUCAUAUUUUUCCUAAAAAAGUCAAAAUAUUCAGACAACUUGAUGAUCACCAAAGAGAAUAAGUAUGGGGCAUGAGUUGAAUUGGUAAAGGUAAUCACAUGAUUUCGAGUGCAAUUUGGAAUAAAUAAGCGCGAGUGAAUUUUUGUAAAGGCUAACAAAAUUGCACGAGCCCGUAGGGCGAGUGCAAUUUGUGAUCUUUGAAAAAAAGUAACAAGUGCUUAUUUAUUCCAGAUUGCACGAGAAAAAUCAUGUGAUUACGUGUUAGUAAUAUACAUGGAAAAAUACUAGAUGGCUUAUCAUAAUUAAGCAUAAGCAAAUCGCGCGCAUCAAGUGCAAAAAAUAAUUUAUUCAAACCGUGCGUUCGGUCAAAACAACUGCGUACAAUCAAAACAAUAAUAUGCGAUGAUAUCUCCCCAUCUUGAAGGCGCAAACAAGGUUCAGAGUCCGGCUAAACAGUUCAAGGAAUUGUUCAGUCUGUGUCCGAAUCACUUUCGAUGAAAUGGGGUCGUCGUUUCCGAAAUUUAACCAUGUUUGUUUUUAAUUUCGGCGUUGGAUCGUUCGAGCAAAGUGUUAAGCUGGGUAAUCGUAACUUUCGAUUUCCUUGGCAAUUUCCUUCUCUAAACACCACUUUUUCCAAACCGACUACCAAAAAGCAGUGCUUUUUACAGUGUUUCGGUUGAUUGAGCUGUUUUUCAGCUGCGGUGGCGAAAGAAAACCUUCUUAACACGCCGGCCAUUAUUUCGCUCGGAAAUUUUCAAAUUUUGCUGCGACAUCCAAGGCUCACAUUUGAUUGACUACCUGUGAGUUUCUUUGAUUAUUGACCAAUCAGAAUCUCUGAUUUGUUACUUUCUUUGCACCGAAUAAACCCUCUUCUGCACUGAAUUACCUGAAAACUGCAUUUACCUUAACCAAUCAAAACUGAGUAAUUUUUCCAUGUAUAUUAUUAUCAUCAAAUACUUCAGACGAAAGUAGAUCAUAAAGAGAGAAAUGUUAUGAACAUCCGGAGAUCGGAUUAAUUAUCUGAGGUAGUACUUUUAGGUGUAAUCAGUGUUAUCCGAACCCAAAAUAGUAAACCUUUCAGUUAACGUAAGAAACUUUAGUUUUAAAAACCUUUCAAGUUUUUGAUCGCGCCAACCGUGGGAAAUGAUAUAUUUUUUUUCGAUCUAAACAAAGAAAGUCGAGAAUGAACCGGAAAGAAAAACGGAUGCUCCACAUGAUUUGCGAUCCAUCCUUUCAUCGCAAAGUUGACAAGGUUAACAGAAAUUAGCUUUACAAGGAAAAUUUCCGUAAAAGUUGAACAGCACUGUUAAUUGUGGUUGAAAUGAAUGAAUUAGUACUCUCUUAGAGGUUUUCUCAUGUACUCAUCGACUUCCGGCCGCUGAUUACAAUUCAUCGGCUUUGAAUAUUUAAAAGAAGUCUGUUAGGUCCUAACAAGAGAUUACAAACAGUUCACUUCCUCUUGGUCACUAUCGGUGUAUUUCGGAAACAGUUUUUCAAUUUUUCAUGUUCUAGUUAUUUGGAAUCCGUCGGUGUACAUAUCUCCUACUCUUGUUAUCCUUUUUCGCGUUCGUUUAACUCUCCAUCGCAGAAUGAUAUAAAUCACAGUGAAGUGAAAGGUGUCAUGUCUAUGUCGAACGAGAUCAGACGAGCCGCUACCCGCAGAGCGAACCAUCCCGAAAGAAAUGUGGUUGCUUUUAUUAAUAUUGACUCGCGUACAAACUGUCUCCAAAAUAUUGGCGCACCCAGAAAAUAUAUCUACAGAUGGAAAAAUUAAAGAAAAAUGAAAAAACUUCCUUCAACAAAACUCGGCACUUUCCAUCUUGAAAGUUAUUGAUAUGUGCUCCAGUUGAGUGACGCGUCCGCCAUUAGAGACCAAAAGAUAUAUAAUUAUUUAAUAACGCUAAAAAUUCGUCCUGAAAAUCAAAUCUAACCCCUUCAAAAAACAAAACACACAAAACCAUCAAACAAAGAUUAUAGCAUAUCUAGAAAUUUCCUCGAAGUAUCAUUUGUGCAUUUUUCUUUUGUUUCAGAGGGCUAGCUUAUAUUCAGCAAAGGUAAGCAAGGACGUAUGCAAAAGUUGUGCUAUGGUUUUCCGAGAAAACAAGACUAACCACGUGACAUAUCAUUUUUGACCAACUUCCGGAAUUUCUAAGAAACACAUUUUUCUGUUCUUAGAAAUCGUACCUAACACAAUUUUCUUUCAUUUCGCCGAAGAGUUUGUUGGCGAGAGAUGUAAUUCAUGGAAAAGACGAUGAGGUUUGUAAAAACUAGCCCGACAGUUUACUAAAUUAUCUGAAUUUAUACACAAGUAAAAUGCCGGCUAAAUCGCGAAGGUGUGAAGUCAGUUAACAUAACAGAAGUCUUUUGUUUGAGUCAUCUGUUUGCGAAAUAAACGUCAAUUAUUACGCUGCAACUCGUAAUUUUAGUUAUCGCUAGUAGAAGCAUCAACACCAUCCAAAUGCUUUCAAUAUUGAAUCUCGAUGCAGUUAUGUAGCAGCAGUAUUCGCAAGGAAUUUGACCAAGAAAUGGGCAAAAUACGUGAAGUAUGUUGCAAUUUUUAACUUAAGGAAAUAUUUGAAAUAUUCUUCUCUAUCAGCAGUAGAAGUUCGCAUAAAAAGCUUAUUCACCGGCAUUUGUCGUAUUGAUCAGUUUAAAGUAUUCGCAAGGAAUUUGACCAAGAAACGGGCAAAAUACGUGAAGUAUGUUGCAAUUUUUAACUUAAGGAAAUAUUUGAAAUAUUCUUCUCUACCAGCAGUUGAAGUUCGCAUAAAAAGCUUAUUCACCGGCAUUUGUCAUAUUGAUCAGUUUAAAGUAUACAGCAACGAAGUUUAGCCGAAAUUAACUGUCAUAAAUUUCUACUAUUAAUGAUUGAAACACUUUUUAGAUAAGCCAUUCUUACAAAGCCUAGGAUUCCAUCAGAUCAUUAACAAUGGGUGAGUACCAAGUUUAAUUUUAUGUUUUUUACUUGUUUAUCUGUGUUAAAACGCUUGGAAAUUUUACCUACUAUUAGAUAUAAACACUUCAAAACUGAUAUAACCUCCGUGCGAAGUUGGCUCCAUGAAUAAUAUAUAGAUUUAGCCAAGCCUAAAAGCAGAGCUCUCGUUAGUUUAUUUUCCAGCCCUUCAUUAUACUGACCAAAUACUGCAAUAAAACUCUUCAGCACUCGCUGUUGAAGAGUUUUUUCAAGUGGAUUAAAAGACUAGACGAGGUCUGAAACCUGGGGACGAUGUUCUCACAACUUUCAAAGUGAUCAACAAGCUUGCUAGGCAGUGGUAUCUUAAAAAAAUUUAGGACUUUCGUUGUUGUUCCUGGUGUUCUGAGCAAAUUUUCGAAGAUAGGGAAUGUUCUCUUCUUACGAUGAAGCGUAUGAUGUCAGCAUCAGUUGAAAUUAUAUUCUAUUGAAUGUGACGUAUAAUUUCGGUUUGGGAAAACGAGCCAAAAUUGAGGGAAACGAUGGUAAACUACUUCGCUUUCAGACAUCACUGACCGGUUGAAGUGUAUACACGCGAGUACAGUGAGUCAGAAAAACUAUACGCCAGAAUCGUAUGGGCUUCUUUUAUAUCUUCUCUUGAAGGUGCAGGGGAUGACCGCUUGCCCCACCGUUUUUCCCUAACGUUUCAACCUCCUCUGUUUAGCAUAGAAAAUUAAAAAGAAAAGUAAUUUUCAACUCGUGCUUGAACCUGUAAUUUCGCUUUUGGCUAUUCUUGUUUCAUGAUUAUCCCCUGGUUGGAAAUAUACGAAGUCGUUUUCUGAUUUUUCUGUUAUUUAAUUUGGUAACCUCUGCUGUAACUGCAUAUAAUGUGGAUGUUCUCAAGAAAACUUGAGAUAAUACCUGGAUUUCAUUUCCACAUCACAGAAAUCAAUUCCAAACAUCAAUCAAGUUUUCUCUUUAGUUUAAAAGCUGAGUUGAUGUUGUUAUCGGCUGUAUUAAAUAGGUUGAAAAGUUUUAGAUGGUAUUUUCUCAUGUUUGCCAUUAAUUGAAUUUACUGGAAGUUGGAGUUGUUGCAACAUGUGAACAUGAAACGUAACAAUAAAUUUCUUGAUAUGUAAAAAGUUUUCAUUUGACUAUCUACCGGCAGUCUUCAUAUUAUAUUUCAACCCAACCAUUUUCCACAACUUGUAAACACCAUUACAAAAUAAUUAGUCAGGGAAAUGGAAAAUUUGUGGCAUAUACACCAUGUCUGAAAUGCCAUGUCCAUAAUAAGCUGACAGGAUUGAGGAAGGUGUAUGUGGGAAUAGGCUCUCCUGUCUGUAUCAUUAAUUUGCUAAUUGCUCCUGUUGGCAAUGUUUUGAUGAGGUUGGACUGUCAGGGCAAAGGAACUGAGGAUUUUAGUAGGCAGUGACUUUUUUCAAACCUAGAAACUAUCAUCGUGAAAGCCAUACUUGUGCCUGGUAACUCAUUCUUAUUUUGAUGAACUAGUUUUGAGAAGGAUGCAAUACUUUAUUACAUAAAUUUGAUGCAUACGCUGUGCACAAAACUUUAAUUUGACUUUAAUUUUAUAGCCAAUACCACACCCUACACAUAAUAAAAUGUUAGGAGGAUCAGAGGAAAAAAUGUGCCAUACAUCUGUAAGAUCUCAUGUAAUUAUUUUAAUUACAUGAAUAUUAACUAAUACUAGGAGAUCUAAGAAUAUUUAAUAGAAAAGAAAAUUGGUUGAAAACUUAGAAUUCAGCACAGGCUAGAUGAACAUGAUUCUUAGAAAAAGAAAUGUGUACAAAUGAAAAAGCUUGGCAAACUUUUUUCAACACUUGCCUGUACAUGUGCAGCAUGUAGUAAAGUCAUUUGAAGUAUCAUAACCCCUGUUUUAUGCGUUGAAAACACAUGCAGAUUUCCUCUAAACCUGUAGUUCAAGCCUCAAUGACUUCUAAAUUUUGAUGCACACCUCAAAAGGAGAACAAAUAAAUUUCAAGUUUCUACUUAUUCAAUUUAAAUCAUGUUGGUUAGUGAGGUAAAAUUGAGUCAAACAUUCAUAUGAUGACAGGUUCAAGAAAUUUUCACAACUAAUUUUCAAGGUUAGCCUAACAAUCACCAUCAUGUACAAAUUAGACCACGUAUGUACAGAUUAUUCCCAAAAGAAUUAUCUGUGGUAAGAGGGUAGGCUUUCCUUUCUUCAUUUAGAGAAAUAAUGAACUUCUUAUCUUUCCACAAGCUCAGUGGAAAGUGAGAGUGAAUGAAACUGAUAGUGAUUAUGUUACUUGGAUAAAUAUCCAAAGAAGAAUAAAAAUUAAGAUAUGGUCUACGCAACUCUCUUAUUUUAAUUUUUUAACCUUUACAGCUAAGGCAUUCAUAUUCUUGCUUUGUACAUUAUGUGGACACCAAUUAAUCUAACUUUCAUGCAUCAAAAUACAAAAAUGCUCUCUUCAUCUAUGUGCCCUAAACAUUACAUGGGAGGAGGCAGGUUUAAGUAAAAACACAAAUCAAAAUAGGAGGGUCCCCAUUAAUUUCAGUCCUAAUUAAAGGAGGAUGCUUGAUUUUCUAGAUUCCCACCAUUUAAAACUCACAUAUCUUGUGACCAAUUCCUUAUAUCAAUGUUUAGUUUGGCUAUGAGCAUUGGUAAGAAACACCAUGCAUUAAUGAAAGCUUGAGCAAGAGUAUUUAAUGCAAUGUAAGUAAUAAUAUCGCAUGUUACAAUGUGGUAACUUACACAGCAAAGUUAUAUAAUCACACAAUUCCAAACAAAGGAAGACAGGUUAUUGACUCACCUACUUCAACUUUUGAGGGCUUAAGUUACAGAAAAAUAGAUAUGGUAAACAGUUACAAUUAAUACAAAGUUCAAAGUUUGAAGGCUAAAAGAUAUAUUACAUUACAAUCAUCAGACCCUAUGCAUUCUAGCAAAAAAGGGUCAAUUACCACCAUAAUUUCUCUCAAACAUCCAUGCUUACAAGAAAUUAUUAAUUUUUGUUACUAGGUUGUACUGUACUUACAAUACUUCUACCAACACAAAUGCAUUUUUCUAAAGUUGUCUCAGAGCAUAGGACUUUACAGGUCAUGUGGAAUAUUCCUGCAUGGGGAACGACAAAUUUCAAUUACCUCCAGCAAACUUUAAUCAUCAGAAUUGCAAGCCAAGGUGUAUUUACCAAGUGCUCAAGUUUCCAAUUUAGUCACCUAAUUGUUACAGCCAAGUUUAAUCCUUCUUGAGUCUAUCUUCAGCUUGAUCAUCCUGUUAGAUGUGAAAACAUCAAAUGUUACUCACAUUCAGAUAAUUACCAGAAUUAAAAGUUAUAAUAUUUUUAAUAACCCACAUCCUUAAACCCUUUAACUCUUAUGUGUGACCAAGACAGAAUUUCUCCUCACAAUAUCAAUACAAUAUCACACAGACAAGUGAUGAGAAUAAAGAAAAAUACUAAUUAGGGUAUUAUUAGUUGUUAUAAAAUGCAUACAGUUAACACUUUAAUCCCUGAGAGUGACUGGCAUCUAAUUCCUCUUUUCAAUAUCAUCCCUGAAUCAAGCAUUAAGGUCAUGAGAAUAAAGGAAAUGAUAAUCAACUAAAGAACCUCUUGAUUGUUAAACAAAUUCUCCUUGCCAGCUCAUUAGGAAAUUUAUAGAGAACAGUAUGGAGAAUAUGCAUACUGAUGUUAGGGUGGAAAGGGUUAAAGACAUCAUGUAAUCAGUUUUAUAUAUAUGUAGAGAAUUGCUUGAAUAUAUGAUUGUGGUAAGUGCAAGUGCCUAGUAAACAUCAUUUUAUGGUCUUCUACUCUUUCACCUUGGAGGAUGCCUUGUGCACAUAAAAAUUGGAGUUCUGUGCCUUUAGUAGCUUUUUCGGCUACAACGAUCAACACAGAACAACAGCCCCACCAGAAAAUCUUUUUAAAGACACAUCUACAAUAACAGGUACACAUAACUGACAUGUUUGAGUGAAGCAUGUUAAGCAUUAAGGUAUGAUUGUCAAUUUGCUUUUCAUUACUUGCAAACAGCUUAUUUCUAUCAGCUUUGAAAACUUCUGUAUCCUUGCUUUUGAGGAAAAGCAUUUCCCAUGAACAUUUAACAGAUCUACAGAUCUACAGAUUUUUCCAUUUUUUCAUAACAUCAGAUUCUCAUCACAUUUCUUCGUUAUAUUUGAAAGCAUCCGAAAAUUUUGAUCAUUACACAAUAAUGAAAUUCCCCAUUUUAAACCUUUUAGUCCCACUAAUGACCUAGACAGAAUUUCUCUUUACACUAUCAAUAUGAUAUCAAGUAGACACUAGUAAUGAGAAUAAAGAAACACAUCAAUUAGGGAAUUAUUGAUUGAUCCCAUUCCAAAUUCUCCAACCAAAUAUCACAUUGAAGUGUAUGGCUGACAGCAAGGAGAAUUAUGGAUGAAAUCUUGAGAGUGAAAGGGUUAAGACACAUAUGGUAAUCAUAUGUACUAGACAGCAAAUAAAUGUAAGUUCAAACUCCAGUAAAGCGUUCUUAUGUAUAAGGAAUUUUCAAAGUCAUUUAAAUUAAGUUGACUUAGUAAUUCUGAUUUUAGUUAAAAGGAUGAAAAGAGAAUGCCAAUUAUGAAUUUUAAAGAUUGAAUUAAAAAAAAAUAAUAAAAUAUGGCAUAUCUAUUCACUGAGGUUUUAAUCAAUAGCUGGCACACAGAGAUAUAAAAGAGGCUUUGUGAAAAAAAAAAAACAAGGCAAUAAAAUUAAAGAUUUAGGAGAAGCAUAUGGACAUCAACUAGUUUACUGAUGUUCUCAUCUGAAUUCAAUCUGCCAGGAAGAGAACUUUGCAACCCUUCUGUUUUAUCUUCUCACACUUGAAUUAAAACAUAAAGUUUAAUUAUUUGCAGGCAGGUUAAGGAGGAAAUUAAAGGAAUGGAUAUAUGUUACAUAAAAGGAAACCCCUCACAAUAAAAAUAAAGCAGAAGCAUAUUACCUACAUGUCUAUGCUUCUGAAUAUAAUAGGUAUUUUUAAGCAAUUAUCUACAUAUGUAAACCGAGUGCAAUAUACGGUCGUAAAAGCAAUUUUAUUCUAACCUUCCUCCUUGAAGGGUGACUUGCGUAUCAAAUAUAUCAAGUUCAGUACCACCAGAGUCAUAAGCCGGGCUUUUGGAGCUACAAAAUAAUAAAAUAAUCAACGAGUUAUUACAAGCCAAUUUAUCGAGAGUCAAUUAAGUAUAGUUUCCUUGAAUCGUAUGGGAAGUUUAAAAUGUGCUUCACUUGUGCUACAUAUACAGAUUUAUCAUUCUUAACUACUGGUGAGAUUCCGAGAGUGUGACCCAAUAAUUCAAAAGAAAAUAUCCAAGCAGGUUACAGAAAUGAUUUACGAAUUGUAAACUGACACAGUGUCAUGCAAUAUUGUAUUCCAAAUGAACUUCCUGUUGCAUAGAGAACAGCUUAAUACACUACUUGUAUUGUUAUGCUACCACACUUCAGUAGGAAAAGCAAGUAAAGUUUGUGAAAUGUUUAUGACGGCGAUACCUGCGUGUCCCGGGGUGCUUGUUGCAAAUUCAAUACUCUACAGCACUUAAGAGGCACUUAAGAGGCACUUAAAAAAUUGGCCUGGCACGUACUGUUUGCGUUUUCUUACCUGGUUAUGUUGUCCGAUAUAACGCCAUUCAUUACAUUUUUACACCGGCACUCCACUAGACGUUACAAGGUGGCAGCCUGUAUGGAUAGUUAAGCCGCCAUUGUGGAUAUCCUCAGCGACCACGCAAUAUUGGCCCCUCCUCUCCCCUCCCCCUUAACCUACCGUUAUGGUUGAGUGCUUGGGUGGGGAAGACAGAGUUAGGAUGUUUCAAGGCUGAGUGCUGUAAUAUUUGCAUUGAGUCGUUCCCUCAGACGUUGAAAAUCGUGUCAGUGACUUUUAAGUAUACCCUUUUUAGAGGCAUAGAAUUGUACGUCAGCGUACUUGUUCGACUCUUACUGAUUUUAUUUUUAUGUUUUUAAAAAUCUGACCACCGGUAGGCCAUAUGCAUAUGGUAGGCCAUAGGGUAGGCCACAGGGUAGACCAUGGCCUGCCCCACGUUUUGUCCAUACCAGUUGGUGUCUCUGUCCCCGCCCCCCACGUCUCUGCAAAAGGUAUAUCCAGACAACCUGCAUGUAAAAACUGACCACAGCUAUCGCACCAAAUUUUUAAACAAAAUAUUUACAACUAAACUGGUGAGCAGCACUCUGCGAACAGCAGUUGUAAAAUUUCUUUAUUCUCCGACGCUUUUCGUCUAACUGUCGUAGACUUCUUCGGGGAGUUUUACAACACCUGUAUUUAUAAGCCAUAGUUAGCGGCUACGGGGGCCAAUGACCAUACAGGCUUGGCCGGAUCUACGAAUAGGAACAGUUGAAGUUGCGAAAAAUUUGAAAAUUGUUGGGGCAAGGUGGGAGAAUUCAUUUGGGGACCACGGUUUUUUUCGUCACGCAGCAAGUUACAAAACGUAAAUAUAAUUCUUCUUGGUGCCUUUCCGGAUGCCACCGAUACCUUUUCCGAUGCCUCCAUUAUUUAUUACAGCAGUAAAAGAUAUAUGUGCCAUAAACACUUUUGAAGAAUUGCUUACCAUUUUAUUUAGCGAAGUAUAUUGUUGAUAUUUCGGCAUUACAACACUAUUGUUUUCCGCAACUAUAACUGAUAUGUCUAUAUGAAUUAAUAAAUUUGUUUUCCCACUGACCACUCGUAUUUUGGUCUUUUCUUCUAUCCCCAAUCGUCGCCCGUGAUGUAGUAACUCCCUCUACAAUGGCGGCUUCACGAUCCAUACAGGCUGCUAGCUGAUAACAUAUAGUGGAGUGUUAGUGUAAAAGCGUAAUGAAUGGCGUUAUAUCGGACAACAUAUCCAGGUAAGAAAACGCAAACAGUACGUACCUGGCCAAUUUUUUAAGUGCCUCUUUGGUGCUGUAGAGAACUGAAUUUGCAACAAGCACCCCGGGACACGCAGGCAUCGCUGUCAUAAACAUUUCACAAACUUUACAUGCUUUUCCUACUGAAGUGUGGUAGCAUAACAAUACAAGUGAUGUAUUAAGCUGUUCUCUAUGCAACAGGAAGUUCAUUUGGAAUACAAUAUUGCAUGACAUUGUGCCAAAAAGAUAUAACACUCAGAGUAAUUGACACAUUUAACAAUCUGUUUAAUAUUUCUUAUUUUCUUUUUAUAUCUCAGAAUAAACGUCUUAAAGUUAGUUAAUUAAUUAAUUAUUCGACUCUUACUAAUUAUAUAAAAUCUGACCACCGGUAGGCCAUAGGAUAAGCCAUAAGGUUGGCCACAUGGUAGGCCAUGGCCUACCCCACGUUUUGUCCACACCCGCUUGUGAGCUCAAAUUGCCAGGACCCCGUUUAAUUACACGAUGACUACUCGGACGCUUCUUGUAAAAUGUGAUCACUAUCAAUUUCAGAGAUUGAUUCUUCAUCAUGACCCGAGCAGUAAGUACGCCUCGAGAUGUUGAGCGAAGAGAAAGUGGCUCCAUGUUUUGUGAGACAAACUAUUUCCUGAAAAUCGAACGAAUCGAGUAGAAAGUAUGAAAACAUAGCGCUGAAAAGUACCAUGAUUAAACAAUGAAAUUCGCUCAUCCCGCAGGAGGACAAACUCCAUUUAACCCGUGAGUUUGUCGGCACCACACAUUUGCGGUCCGUAAUUUAAUUCUCAGAUGUUUGACAGGUUCUCACAUGACAAUAUUGUCAAAAUCACAUUACUGCGUCAGACUUGAUGUAAACAUGGUGUUAGUUUCGGAACGCUUAGUUAAUAUACACUUUAUUAUAGUUUUGUUUUGGUUCAUUUUUAUCUAGAAGUCUUUCGUGAGUUAAUGAUUAUUACAGUAAGUUUAUUAUCUCGAAUCAAAUUCCCACUUAAGUGCACGUGUAAAGAUUCUAUUUCAAUCGUCGCUACUUUUCAUCGCUGCUAAACCAUCACUGCUAAUCGUCGCUGCUAGAUAAUUGCUACAAGCUAUUUGCUACCGUUCGCUACAAGCUAUUUCCUACCUUUAGGAGCUAGACCAAAGUGAGUUUUUAUUUCUUUUACAUUUAUGUUGUUUACCUUUUGUAUGUUUUAUUGGUAUAGCUCACGUAUUCAGUUUUCCGUGCGAUCAAUUCAAUUUAAGUUAGGUAAAUGUUACGUUUCGCAACGCAUUUUUCUUAGAUUAGUUUCUGUUGCAUUUUCUUUUAGUUCGAACCACACACACGCACGCAACCCCUACCGCUAUUCUCAUUCAGCAAAUUUCGUCUUAACGCUAUCAUCUGAAAACAAUAAAGAUCACUGUGUGCGUUCGAAUUGUCCGCUCAUUCUCUUUGGUAACCUUUCGAGGUUACACAUGGACAUCGCUGACUCAAUCUCAUUUAUUUCAAUUUUGGGAAAGGCUACUACAUCGUUCUUAGGGUAAAACAACACUUCGACAAAGUGCGAUUUCUUCAAAUAAAUAGAGUAAAAUCUUGCGAUAGUUAACUGAAGAGAGAAAGAGGUAGAAACUUGUGUUAGCCGUUCGCUAUCAUUGAAAACUUUCCAGGCAUAACAGAUUCCGUAAGAUAACUUCUCUUUCCUCAAUACCACGACUGUAUUAAACAUUCCAAACGACAGGACAAGAAAUACCUUGAAGAAUACGAACACUUUGAAAUGCUAUUCGAGCGAUGAGCCGGCACGAGGGUUUUCGGGCGAUGAAUGUUUACCGAAACGUGAUUAUAAUUAUGACCUAAAGCUAGUAUCAAACGACGAUUGGUAAGAAAGGUUUGCAUUUUUCUGGACCUUAGCGUAAGGGGAAACCCAGAUAAGGCACGACUUACCUCCUCUUCUUUCUCGGAUCCUUUGUGGUUCGCUUCUCUUUGUUGAUGACCUCUUUUCAGUCUGUUUUCAGGAGCGUCUUUGUAUUUCCUUCUCGCGUUGCUCUUCGUUAGAUAUUCACCUUUAGACUUAAGUCUUUUCUUGUUCUCUUUCGCGUUCCUCUCGCCGUAUUCUGCCUAUUUUGGUGUCCCCUAACUUUGGUGUCCCCCUUUUGGUGUCCUCUAACUUUCUUCCUCUCUCUCCACGAACUUGAAUUAUAACAAUUUCCUCCCGUUGACAAAGCUUUAGCUCUGCCAGUAUUGUUGCUUUGCGAGUUUAUUAGAAAUUACGAAAUACUGAGAAUUACAGUUUAAUUUCCCGCUCAAAACGCGGGUUGCGAAUUAUUUGCUUGCGCGGCUUCACAUCUAGUAGCCCCACGUGAAACUCUUGUGCAAUGCUUAACCUUGUGCCCGCGGUACGCUGCCCUGAUACUCGUCAUACAAGUGUGCGCACUUCAUUGUUAUCUGUUGGUGUCUCCUGGCGCACACUAAUGGGGUAUUCAAGUUAUGCACGCAAUCGCGCAUGCGCAUUACCUUCUCCCUCGCCCUUUCCUUACUUAAUGGCUAAAAUAAUACCCGUGGUACAGUUGGCCGCGCAUGCUAAAAGUAGCACCUUGUAUGGUCGGUCGUACGGUCACAAGUCCAAAUGUUUUCGGCUUGAUGGGUUACUAGCUCCCCUGCGAGCUCCGCUAUCACUUCUCCAACUACAAAGAAGCCAGUAAGAAUUGUAAGGACCCCACUAUGCGCUAACCAGGUGUUAAAAACGUCAGGUGAAUUCAGAUAGAGAAUAUGUAGAGCUACCCAAGCAUAAGAGGAGACAAUUCAAACACUGGUAGGUAGUGUAAAUGGACAAGCAACACUGACAGGUUGUGUUAAGCAUCAGGCAAACCAUGUAACAGAACUUAUGCUCUGAGGGGAAGCUAUGCUUAGAUUAGAUAUGCAGGGCAGACAGGGACACAAGCAAAUAGAAAGCAGACAAGCAGAACGUUAGUACAUAAAACAGUUGGUAAUGUUACUUAAUAUAGAGUAUAGCCACAGUCAUUUACAGAGGAGAGAGACUGUUUGACAGCAGACAGUUCGAUUGUGAGUAACGAAUAUGAACCUGCAGCUCAAUAGGAUUUAAUACAAAUCAUUGCAUGUAUACAUGCAUACACGCAAUACAUAACCACAAUGUUCUGUUCUGGCAAGAGAUACUGCAACAAAGCAGCUUCGGGGUUAAGAAUUAACACUGAGUGGUCUUGGUACACAGUAAUACAUCAGUAACUAAAUGCGAGAAAUGAUGGUGAUGCUACGUAGGAGAUGCUAGUAGUUAGAUACUUAGACCCUAGGUGUUAGACAUCUAUAUUUUUUUUUCUUAAGUAUUAAACUGUUGAAAAUCAUGGGGGAUUUUCUUUAUAGUCGCUGAUGAUAUCUUUUUUCUUAUUAGCAAACAAUGACGACGAUGGAUUUGAUUUGAUUAAGCCAUCUUUGAUCCAGCAGUUAAGAACCAUCCUAGAUCAGUAUCCAGAUGAUGGACAGAUAUUGAAGGUAUGAAGAAAAGAGGGCCACCACAACCAGUCCUCUGAAAAGUAGGGGGGGUGGGUUAGUGUUACUUUUAGACAUCAAUCCUCACGAUUAGUGUUGCGUGAGGGUUAAGCAUUCAUGCAAGUGUCACCAGGUCUUUUCAUUUAGGUGUGCUUGCUGCAGAUAUUUUUUUCUGGUGUACUUUACAUCUUGAAAUGUGUUUUAUUGUAUCAGGAGCUCAUCCAAAAUGCAGAGGAUGCACAUGCAUGUCAUGUAAAAUUUCUUCACGACAAACACAGCCAUGGCACAGCCAAACUUCAUCACCAGGAUCUUGCUCAAUUUCAGGUAAAUUGUUUUUCUGAUGUGCACUCCUUUUAACUUCUUCUCACUGUUACGGUAAAAAAUAACUUGUUAAAUGCAGUUCAAUGCAAUAUAACGGAGUUAACAACAAAAAAUGUCAGCGUUCUCUAGUAGUCAGCGGUUUCUGCAUAUGCGCAUGCAUUGGGAUUGCAUGUGCUCUUUGCCUAAGGCGUUCUUGCGUGUACUUUGAGCGUGUACUUGCAGCGUUGUGAGGAGUGACAGCUCUUCGUCCAGGCCGUUUUCGUCUUCCUCGUUGUUUUUUCAUCUCGAAAGGCUUGAGCGCUGUUAUAUCUCGUUUGUUUUUUUCUGGUGGUCAACUGCUUUCGUUCGUAUAGAUCAGCUUUCGGGGCGUCCAACAAAUAACAGUGCUGUCGCCAUGCUGGAUUUAUCGGAAUUAAUUUCUUCGGCUCCUUUUCUCUGCGGAUUCUUCUCCUUCCUUAACAGAAACCUGCAGCCACCCCUCCUUCUUUUGUGCUCUCCGCCCAGGAUCUCAGUCAAGCUUUUUCUAGAGCGUUAGGUGAGUCGGUACCUCACAUUUUGGCGACGAUACAAAGCCACUCGAAGAAUACAUGUUCUUCGGUGUCGCGUUUCACAUCGGCGGGAAACAUACUCUCGAACUCAAAUUUUUCGGGCUUCUCUGCCAUCAACUUUCCCCCACCCUCUGCAGGAUUAUCGUCAGGUAAUUUUGAUGUGCCUUCAUUCAUUUCCACAUUUUGCACGUUAGGCAAUUCGCCUUUAAGCUCGCCAUCUUUGUUUGGCCCUCGGCAUGUCGCGAACGGAGCGCUUCCCGCCAUCGGCCACUCUUCUGCACCGCCGUUCUCUAUCGGUUCUGUUCACGCAUCUACCAUUUUGCCGGGGAUCCUGUCUUCUCUGAACAGGCCUUUUGUGGUUGGCGCAGGUUAUUCUCCCUUUCCAGAGAAGCUGGUCACUAAGAUCAGCAAACUUUUGGUGAGUUCAUCAAAGAAACGAAAACAAGAGAUCACCGACAUUAUCACAUGGGCGGAGGCAUUCACAGUCUACAUGUGGAUUUUCUGCUGCGCGCAUCCUUCUAGAUGGCAGGAAAUAACGCAGCACAAACUCCCGAUUCUGAAGACCUCACGCCAGUUUCCCGGCAAGGCCUUGGCUUCACUACAACACUGCCUUUCGGAAGGACGCAGCUGCAUCAGGCCUGGCAGACUGGUCUCGUAUGAACCUCGACCUGUACAAUUUCCGUACUCGUUUGGUGCCACAGUCCCAGUCAUCAGCCGUAUCUUCUCCAUUCCUUAACUCAGGCGGCUUGUAAUCCAACUUUAGCAGAUCAUGGAAUGACGGCACCUGUCCCUGGCUCUUUGGUCAAUGCCGGUACCGCCACUGCUGUGAUAGACGUGAACGGGACUACCCUCGCGUCAACUGCCCCUUUCGUGCUUCCAAAUCGUAUGAACAGCGCUCCCGAGCAACUACUCCAUCUCGGUACAAAUGCUAGCGGCGUUGAGGCGGUCUCUAGAUCGCCCAAGGCCCCUUACCUUAAGAAUGAUGUAAAUAGUGUACAGUUCUUUCGUUUAGUUUCAGUCUUACGCAGUUCCUAUUCGGUUCUAGUUAAUGUUGUUGAUUCUUUGGCAUCGGAUACAUUUUAUUUUUUAUAUUUUUUACUCCACCACAGGGAAUUCCAUUAUUGGUGCUGUUCAGCAAGAUUUGGUCCCUCCUUUUAGAGUUACCCCCCCCCUUUAUUGCAGAUAAACUGUCGCGGAAACUUUGUUUUCACCCUGAUCACAGAUAAGUGGAUUUUGUGAUUUCUGGUAUUACUAUUGGUUUUCUUCUUAGCUUUGAUCCUUCGGCGGUAUUGUGGUUUGCGACCCAGAAUAUGCCAUCAGCGUCACUUUACCCUUCUGUGAUUGAUCAGUGUAUCCUCACAGAACUUGAGAAAGGUCGCGUAGCUGGCCCCUGCUCUAUAUCUCGAAUUCCAAGCCUUCAGUCGCUUUGGGGUAAUCCUAAAGAAAUAUCAACCUGGAAAGUGGCGGGUUAUCUUAGAUUUAUCUAGCCCAUUGGGCCAUGGCGUCAACGACGGCAUUAUUAGAGAGCCUUUCUCUUUACAAUACAUGAAAGUAGACGAUGUCAUCAAGGAUCAUGUCUUAGGGCAAAGAAACACUGAUGGCAAAGUUUGAUGUGAAAAGUGCGUACCGCGAUGUCCAUUCCGAUGAUCGUUAUUUGCUUGGCAUGAAGUGGCGAGGCAAUUAUUUCAUCGAUUUGUCUCUUCCCUUCGGAUUACGCUCUGCCCCGUUCAUCUUCUCUUCUAUUGCGAACCUGUUAGAGUGGAUUCUCAAACACAAUUAUGGCGUGAAGUUUCUCUUACACUACCUGGAUGACUUCCACACAUUGGGUCCCCCAACUCAUCUGAACAACCUGGAUUUGUGUAUUCGGCUUUUUGAGGACUAGGGUAUCCCCCUUCAUCCAGAUAAACUAGAGGGACCAUUCACUUGCUUAACAGUGCUCGGUAUUGAGCUGGAUUCACUUCACUUUAGGCUUGUCUUCCACGGGACAGUUUUGAGCGCUUCAUUGCCUUGUUGGAUACUUGGUUUUCCAAACAGUACUGUAUGAGAAAACAGCUGGAAUCUCCCAUUGGCAAUCUCCAACACACUUGUAAGGUCAUUCUUCCGGGGCGUACCUUUUUACGGCGUAUGAUUAACUUAUUAUCAGCGUUCCAGCGGGAUGACCACCCCAUAGGGCUUAAUCAGGAAUUCCGUUUAGACCUUUCUCGGUGGCGUGAAUUCUUCCAUUCAUGGUAUGGCCUCAGUUUUCUGCUCUUCUCCAAGUGGGCACCACUACCUCAUUUUUCUGUUUCCUCAGAUGCAGCCCGAGCCCUGGGUUACUGCGCAAUCUUUUACCCUGAGUGGUUUGUGGGGAAAUUGUCUGCCUCUCAGCUGCCGUUACAGGCAGCAGGCAUUCCCGGAAAGUUCACUGGUCAAAGCUUUAGAAUUGGAGCUGCAACUACAGCUGCCCAGCGGGGCAUUCUCGACCAUCUCGUAAAGACCGUGGGACGCUGGUCGAGUGAAACGUAUUUAUUGUAUGUGCGCACAUCCGUGGAUAGCAUCCUCUCAGUAGCGGAACGAAUUUCAUAGCAGGUAUGAUGCCCAUAAUCUCUCACUUCCAUCACGCAGCAGGUGCCGUCGGAUUGAGCAGUUUUUCUUGGGGCCAUGACCUGCCGUUGCCAUGAGCCCCAUUUCUCCGAGCUGAUUGCGCUCAGUUUGGAGGUCCUCCGGCUUGGCGUGGGGGCUCAUGGCUGGGUUGCCAGGAUUUGCCAGCCAUGAGAGAAGUCUCCAUCUAGUAGCCUACUGCCAAUAGUGGAAGCUCCUGGAUGUUUCAGGCACCCAACCUGCAAUUAGCGAUACAGUUGUUAAAUGCAGUUAAAUGCAAUUAAAUGCAAUUAAAUUAAAUUUAACGGAGUUAACAUUAAAGAAAGUCAGUGUUCUCUAGUAGUCAGCGGUUUUUUGCACAUCACAUGCAUUGGAAUUCCAUGUGCUCUUCGUUUGAGGCGUUCUUGCGUGUACUUUGAGCGUGUACUUGCAGCGUUGUGAGGAGUGGCAGCUCUUCGUCCUGGCAGCAUUCCCCACCCAUUCCCUUCCUUCUUCCACUGUUUAUUCAGUUUGACGGGCGCCUGUUUCCAAUUCCCGUGUUGGGGCUCAUGGAUGGGUUGCCAGAAUUUUCCAGCCAUGGGAGAAAUCUCCAUCAAGGAGCUGGCUGCCAAAAGUGGAAGCUCCUUGAUGUUUCAGGCACCCAAACUCCAAUGAGCGAUGCAGUUGUUAACUUGAAUCAAUCGACUUCAUAUUUACUUAUUUCAGCAUAAAGCCACGAUUUAUUUGUUGUUAAAAGCUCCAUAUGGAUUAGACCCAUAUGGAUUAGCGUGGUAAAUACAAACUGGUCCCUUUAUUUUGAAUAACGCACCCACUCAUUAAUUGUUCGUUUUAUAAGGGGAAUCUGAUCGUUUUUAUGUGACAGGGCCCAGCACUUUAUGCAUAUAAUGACGCUCAGUUUACAAAAGAUGACUGGAAGGGCAUACGGAUGUUGUGUGAUAGUAUUAAAGUCAAAGACCCAAUGAAAGUUGGCCGUUUUGGUCUUGGCUUCAAGUCUGUUUUUCAUAUGACAGGUGAGUCUCUUGAAUUGCUAUGUCCUCAGACCCUAACGUGAAUGUUUCCAAGGCGUUUUUUCCAUUAUAUUGACCGUUCGGAAAAAAAGGUUUAGGAGCGUUUUCUAUUUGGUUGAUAGGCGACUUUGUAUGUUUUCCAGGAACAAACUUUUCCGGUUAGAGAUCACUGAAAUUAUUACUUAUUUCUCAUUUUCUGUCACAGCAGUAUAACAAAACAAGGAAUAAUUCUUGAAAUCGUGUAAUCCUCUUUCUUUUAGAGUUACAUGUAGGGAAACUACGCGGAAGAAUAGUCGUAGAUAUCCAUAGAUGAAUACUCUGAACGAAUCAUUUAAACUGGUUUUAAUUUAGAUUAUUUUCUUAUCAUGUAGUAUUUGUUUACAUAUUUUAUGCGAUCACUCCUUACGUUUUGACAAAAGUUAACAAAAGUUACCAAUUCAUAAUUUUCAUGUGGAAUACUAAGAAUACAAAAUGACAACAGAUUCAGUAGAGAAGCCUAUCAUUCUACGGGAGGCAGCAAUGUUAGCGGCGCUUUAAACGUGAGAUAUUUAGGGCGAGUGCUUUUUCUUAGCUGUUGAAUGGCAAAUCGAAAAAUUAACCGGAGUGAAUACCUGGAAAAUUUCCAUACUUGAAGGUAAAAUCGUGCAUGUUCUAUCCUUUCAUAUACAUUUUUAACCUUUGUGCAUUUUUAUCUCUGCCAUGGUUGCCAUAAUUUUUCUCCGACAUUGCAAAGAUGUUUUCAGACAUAUUGUUGGAAGGCGACAAAGUUAUCUGUGCUCGUUUUCAGAUCUACCAAGUAUCGUAAGUGGUUCGCGGAUCGGAGUGAUUGAUCCGCACGAAAAGUACUUUAGCGACGAAAAUGGCAUACGAACCGGGCACAGGUGGCGAUUGAAAGAAGACGGAAACAUCAUAAACAGCAUCCCAGACCAGUUUCAGCCGUAUAAAGGAAUAUUCGAUUGUACAGAGGACAUCUUCAAACAGGGAUCCUAUAAUGGGACACUGUUUCGUUUCCCUUUAAGGACAGAACCAUCCAAGCUAUCGCAGACUUUAUACACGACCCAAAAGGUGCACACGUUGUUUGAAAGUUUUGAGGCAGAUGCUCAUUUGAUCCUUCUCUUUCUUCAGUAUCUGGAAUCUAUAGAGCUUUUUGUUCGAGAGGAAACGGACAGUGACGCCAGAAAAACGUUUCAAGUCCGAAUCACAAAUGAUACCCUCCAAUUAGUGCGAGAAAAGAAGAGUGAGUUUCGAAGCAAGAUCUCAUCAGGUGAACUAUUGCCAGAAGCUGUUUGGGUAACUUAUCCUGUUACAAUCGAGGCAAUUACUUACUCCAAAGGCACGCAAAGUGCGUCAGAGCGACAUUCGUUUCUAGUUACUAACUACUUUUGUGGAGGAGAAAUAUCGUCAGAAUUUAAAACCUUGGCUUCAGAUCAAGAUCUCAGCUAUCUGCCUCUGGUAGGUGUCGCCAUGGAGUUGCCAGAACGCCCUGAGAAAGAGAAGCCAAACAUGAAAGGCCAUGUGUUUUGUUUUUUACCCCUACCAGUACAGAAGACAAGUUUGACAGGGUUGCCAGUGCACGUCAAUGGAUUCUUUUCUUUGAGUCAGAACAGGCGAUACAUUAAGACGCCUACGGCAGAACAAGAAGAUCUAACUGAGAAGGAAGGUCAGCCCCUGACUGACAAGUCAUUGUUGUGGAACCAGUGUCUUCUGCAAGAGGCCAUCCCUAAAGCGUAUGCUUCUCUGCUGCUGGAUGCUAUGAACGAGCAGAACUACAACGUGCAAAGCGAAGCCGUAUACAGGUAAGAAUCAACUACUGACUUAACUGUGUGCCCCUAUAAUAUAAUUACCUCUUUCCCCUGAGACUAUAUGAUGCAAAAAGCUCAAGAACAUGAGUUGACGAAAACAGCUAAAAUAGAUUGAGACAUGCAGGCGGUCUCUUAUAAGACUGUUUGCGUCUCUAUUUUUGAUAGAAGAUCUGCUAAUCUGAUGCGUAGACAUUUUAUGAACGUAAAAGUUCUUCUUUAGUUUUAAGAUUUUUUCAUCAUCUAUUUCUCCUUUGAAUAGAGCAUGGCCUGAUACAGCUAAUAUCGACCAGAAAUGGAAAAGAGUGGAGGAGCCCCUAUUUGAGUUGCUUCUUGACAAAAGUAUCAUCUACACUCCGGCUCAAGGGGGAAAAUGGCUAAAAUUGCAAGACGUGAUCGUUGAAAGACUUGCAGAAAGCGAUCCUAGGGAACUGCUGGUAAAAGUUCUUCUUGCAGCGAAUGAAAACGUCGCCCGUUUACCCGAACACGCCCUAAAAGCCAUUUGCUUGUACUCAACGUUGAGUGCAGAAAUAACACCUUCGUUGACGCGAAGAGUCCUUAAGAAUGUAUCCGCUAGCUACUCUAACUUAACAGGGUUAGAAAAACUUUUGCUGCUGAAAUUUGUCCUUAAAGACGGUUGCUUUUCUGACCUACUUGGAUUGGAGCUGUUACCGAUUUUGAACGAGCAGUUCAUGUCGUUUUCCAGUACGGGCGAGGCUGUUUACAUUUCGUCACCAGCACAUCCCCGUGAACUCUUACCGUGUCCACAACAAAAAUUCCUUGAUGAGAACAUCGACAAAGAUUUGUCACAAAAUCUGGAUGCAGUCGCAAUUCAAGGUAUGCAAUUUGGAAGUAGUUACAACAACGAACAGAGCCAUGCGAAGAAUGAAGCUUGUGCUUUGCAUCUUUAGUUUUCUAGGUCUAGCACCUUGAAUUGCACAGUGCCAAAUUUUAAAAAUCAUUAUAUAUUAUUCCACGGAAGAAAUCGAGACAAUUGAGAUCUCUGAGUUACUUUUUUGCUAUCAUGUAAGAAAUUCACAAUUAUUUUACCAUCUUAUUUUCCAAACAUCUUGAUUUUAUAUGGUAACCUGCUCCAUUUAUGCGAGACAUGUUUUUAAAAUAGUGCCGUAUUUAGAUGCAGUAUGUCUGAAGUUUUUAACUUAUAAGAGCAAACUAAGAUUUGCUGAAGAGUCGCGUUACUUUUCGAACAGGAUGCACUCAAUUACAGCAUUUCACCAAAGAUGACGUUGCUAAACUUCUCCCGGCGUCACUACCACCUGGAUGGUUAGAGGGACAACACAUUUUGUGGAAUCCUGGAGUCGGAGGCCAUCCGUCCAAUGACUGGUUAGGAAACUUGUGGGCAUACCUGGGAAAGAACUUCCCCUCUGAAGACGAGCUGUGCAGACUUGAAGGCCUUCCUUUACUUCCACUAGAUAUGUCGAAAGCUCCCAUUACCCUCGUGAGACUUAAAAAGCUAUCUGAUGUUGUCGUGAGAAGCCUUCAUGGCGAUUCUUUAGACGACGCUCUUGUCGGAGCUUUGAAAGAGCUUGGUGUUACAGUAAUGCAAGGGUAUCCAUGGUUCCUUGGUCUGCUCCCUGCCGUUUCGGAAACAUUUGUUCAUCCACCAUCGGUUCAAGGGGUCUUAAAAGCUGUGGCAGCUUUUCUCUCCUCAAAGCCCACCACGGGGCAAACCAUAACAGACGAUGGUAAACGAUGUUUGAGAAGGUUUUUUGCCAAAGCCUCAUGGCUCAGUCCAGAUGAGAAGAAAGUCUUAAGCUGCAUACCGUUGUUUGAGACUAUGUCCGGAGCCUUUGUUUCAAAAAAUGAUGGCCUCUGCGCUGCAUCUGAAGAAGCAUUUCCGGUGAAAACCCUAAGAGAUCUCAUCGACAUUAGAGAGAACGAUGCAAAGAGAUUGGUUGGUUUGUUAGACAUCAAAGUCUUGACACGUUCUGAGGUUUUGCUUGAGGUGAUAUUUCCGGAUGUAAUACAUCAGCGUUACUCCACUGAAGAAAUUGACAGACUCAUGGGAUUCGUGAUGGAUAGAUAUCACAUUUUCACCGCGGAGGAUGGAAGAUUUCAGAAUCGGUUAAAAGACCUGCCCUUUGUCUCAACUAAAAAUGAUAGAAUGAGACCUAGGGAGGUAUUUGAUCCCAGAGAUGACUUCCUAAAAAGAAUUUUCGUGGAAGAAGAUGUGUUCCCUGUUGGAAAGUACGCUCAACCUACAGCUCUAGUAGUUUUAGAGUACCUCGGCAUGAAGGGCAAGGGAGAAAUCACCGGGCAAAAAGUGUACGAAAGUGCAAAAGCUGUGAAUAAUAUCCUUGACGUUUCUGCAGCAGAAACGAAGUCAUUAACGAUCAUGUCAUUCUUAACUAGCAAUCCAACAAAACUUGAAGAGAUCGUCUCUGGAACUUCAGGAUUAGGAGAGCUCGGGAUACAUCUUAAAAAUAUGCCAUGGGUCUCUGUGAUCAGACGAAAACCCGAUGACUACCCCGAAAAUCUUCCGUUCUGGGGAGAAACGCACACAGAACCUUAUUUCCUAAAGCCUUCAGAUGUCAAGCACAAACAAGCAGCAAACAUCAUUGGAUCGACAAAAGCACUUGUCAAAGCUGAGCCGUCUAGCCAAUUAACUCGCUUCUUUUCAUGGAACGCAGACCCGGCUGCUUCGGACGUCGUGCAGCACUUGCAGAAUGUAAUCAGAGCCUACAGUCCACAAGAAAAGCCGCGUUAUAUUAUCAUCGCCCAGGAAAUUUACGCCUUUCUCAGUUGUGCACAUCAUGACGAAGUACUUGCUGCUUUGGAGAAUGUCAAGAACCUUCCGUGGAUUUGGAAUGGAGAUGGAUUUUCUUCCCCUAGAUUCCUGAUAUCUCAGAAACCUCCGAUUGAUCUAUCGCCAUAUAUAUUUUCCCUUCCAUCUGAGAUGGGAAGAUUCUAUGGCCUGUUUGCAAAGUUUGGCUUACAAGAGAAGUGCAAUGAAGCAUUCUUACUCGAGGUUCUUCACCUAAUAAAAGAGAAGUACGACGAUCACCCUCCGCCUCCCACGGCAGAGGUACGGAAGGACUUGCAGUUGUCCGUGGACAUUUUAAAUGAAAUUAAGCCAAACGUUGGAGAUCAGUUGCCGCCCGAACUUCAAGAAAAGGUGCUCAUUCCGACACACGUGGAAGACGAUGCGUAUGUUAAGCUUGCACCAGUUGAGAGAUGCAUGUACUGCGAACAUGAGUGGCUAGAAAGAAGUAACCAUGAUGGAGAAGAAGAUGAAGAGAUGGAAUAUUUUUAUGUACAUCCAAACAUUCCAAACAGCACAGCUGAACUUUUGCACGUUCCAACGUUGAUGAAUCGAAUGUUGGAGCCAGACGAGCUGGAUAUUGGAGAGGAAUUCGGACAAGAAGAAAAACUUACCCGUAGACUCAGCAGACUUUUAGAGGAUUACACUGAUGGUUUUGCAGUACCCAAAGAGCUUGUUCAAAACGCAGACGAUGCAGGUGCCACUGAAGUGAGAUUUCUAUAUGACGAACGAACGAACCAGGAUGCCAUGACCUGUCUGAUAGACGAAGAAAUGAAACACUGCCAGGGUCCUGCUCUGUGGGUCUACAACGAUGCCGAAUUCAGAGACGAAGAUUUUACAAACAUCACAAAAUUAAACGGUGCUACAAAAGAACAAGAAACUGAGAAAAUUGGCAAGUUUGGACUUGGUUUCAACGCGGUCUACAAUCUGACAGAUGUUCCGAUGUUUUUGAGCAGAAAUUUCUUUGUGAUUUUCGACCCGAACACAUUCUAUCUCGGAAAGGCAAUAAGAAACAAGAACAAACCUGGAAUAAAGAUAGAUAUUAACAAAAACACAAAGAGACUUCGGAAUCUCGGCAAUCAGUUUAAACCAUUCAAUGGAAUAUUUGAUUGCGAUCUUCACCUGAGCAAAGACGACAACUCUUACCCUGGAACUCUCUUUCGUUUUCCAUUACGUACCAGAGAGCAAGCAAUUAAAAGUGAAAUCAAGCAACUUCAUUACGACAACAAACAAAUGAAAGAACUCCUGAAGCUCUUCGCCUCUGGUGCUAAGACCCUUCUUCUCUUCACGCAAAAUGUACGCCGUGUCAGCAUUUUUCACCUGCAGGAAGAUUCAAACUCCUCCAACUCGCCUAUGCUGCUGUUUGAAGUAAACAAAUCUUUUUAUCGUGACGGAAUCACAAGGGAACUGUCUGUUCCAGUCACACUUACACCAGCUGCUAAGAAUCUCAGUAGUGAGGAGCAACACCUUUUGCAACAGUGCAAUUUUCUACGAGCUUCCUCCGAAGUCAUGAAGCGUUUGAAACAUUCCACUUGCUCCAAUUCGGUUUCUCUCAGUUCUGGGCUCACAAUUACCAUCCGGAGUACCACCACUGAGGUUGGAAUAGCAUUUGUCGAAGGCAAGGACUCUUUACGAGAUGAUUUGGAGAUUUGGUGUGUUGCCUCUUCCAUGGGCAAAGGACAAGCAAUGCAAUUUGCAAAGGUUGACAAGAGCCUACUCCCAUCGGCGGGGGUAGCAGCCAAGUUAAUCCCCGACAAGAGUGGAAAGCUCUCGCCCGUGCCUGUUGGCCAUCCGAUCACAGAGAAUGUGCAACAAUUUAAGGGAAGAUUGUUUUGUUACCUUCCGCUUCCGAUAGUCAGUGGUUUUCCAGUACAUGUAAAUGGGGCAUUCGCUGUGGCUUCUAACAGACGAGGUUUGAAAGAGAAGACAUUUGACGACAAGAAUUCAAUGGGAGUUGAGUGGAACAAUCAUCUUAUGCAAGAUUCAAUUUGUGAGGCAUAUCUAGACCUUCUCCAAGACGUAAAGAAGAUGGCUGCUGAUUCGUACCAUUAUCACGUCCUGUGGCCUAAAGCUUGUGAAGUAAAUCCGAAUUGUGAGCCUCUUGCACGUUCAUUUUACCAACGUUUGACUUGUGGAAACUAUGAUCUCUUUUCCGAUGGGAGUCAGUGGGUUGACCUUAGCCAUCUGGUCUUCCUUGAUCCAAAUUUUCGCAAAAUUCCAAUAAUUGGGGGAUUGUCCCUAGAAGUUUUAAGGAGAUUGAGAAAAGAGAAUGAGGUCGUCAUUGAUCUUCCAGCUGAAGUCCACCAGUCUUUUCUGAAGUAUGGCCUCGCAGAAGAAAUCCAGGAUAAAGGCUACGAUAAGUCAAGGUUUUUUCGUGAAUUGUUCUUCCCAAACAUAGCUUCUAUAGCACCAGAACUUAGGGAAAAGUUAAUUUUGUACACUCUUGAUGACAAAAAUGGAGAGUUCGACAGUCUCAUUAAGAAAUACGCUUGCAUUCCCGUCUCACCGGAUGGCCAAACGCUGAAGUGUCCAGCUCAGCUAAUCAACCCCCAUAAGGGGGCCGCCUUGCUGUUUAGUCCUGACGAUAAAAGAUUUCCGUUUGGCAAAGAGGAUACUUUUUUGAAUGGCGUACGACUUGCCAAGCUUGAACAGCUCGGGAUGUUGACAGACAGCCUUACAUGGGAGGAAGUUUUAGAGAGGGCACAGAGCAUUACCAUUUUAAAUGGACUCUCUUAUACAUCUGCAUUGAAGCGCGCUAAAGCCUUGACGGCUUAUCUUAAAAGAAAAUUGACCUCUGAAAAGGGAAACCCUGUACCGGUUGACAUUCGCAACAAAUUUAAAAUGGCCAGGUUUCUUCCCGUGCUUCAAAAACCAGAAAAAUUCCCUCUUCCUUGGAAAGGAGAUGAGCUACGUAGUGUUACAGCAGGGAAAUUUGUUUCACCCGUAGAGUCCUAUCUUGAGAGCGAGAAGUAUUUGGUUUGUUGCAGUGAACCGAUAGUCGACAUGUUCAUCACACCAAGCGUGAAAACGUUCUUGGAUUUCGAAAAAAGGCAAGCCACAGCUGUUCAUGUUCAAAGGCAACUCGAGGCUGCCUCAAUUGUGAACAUAGAUGUACUGGAUUCUCCAGAACUUGAUCGUGUUGAAGAGCUGUGUUUAGAAGCUUACAGGUAUUUUCAGCGGUCACUCAACAACAAAACAAUCCAUGAGAAGGAAGUAAGAGAGAUAUUUGAAGGAAAAAAGUUCAUUCUCUGUGGAAGGAAUUUUUUUCACACGAAACAGCUAGCUUUCUGGUUGGAGACUGAUUGUUCUCCGUACCUACAUCAGCUUCCGCAUCACUUAGCAAGGUCAUUUAAAGAGUUAAUGAAAAUUGCAGGUGUGAAGGCUGUUUUUGAUGCCGAAGAUUACGUCACCGGUUUGACGCAACUGAAGGAAACGUUUGGGGAAGAAAAGCUUGACCAGGAGGGUCUUCGAUUGGCGGUUAACCUGGCUCUUCAACUCGGAAACAGCUCGAAACACCCUCAAGAAGAGCUCUUCCUUCCUGAUUCUAAAGGUGUAAUGCGUCCUGCCGAUGAACUUUGCAUGAGAGACUGCCCUUGGAUGCUUGACGAAAUCGACGUUUAUUUCGUCAAUGACAUGAUUCCCCACGUAGUAAGUUCCAGACUGGGUGUGAAGACACGACGCGAGGAAGCAUUAAAGCAUUUCUCCAGUGGCAUUCCUUUUGGACAAAGGGAAAAACUUACAAAUCGUCUACAGCGUAUUCUUUUAGCUUACCCGUGUGAGAAAGAAAUCUUAAAAGAACUUCUCCAGAAUGCUGACGAUGCACAAGCUACUGAGAUUUGCUUCAUUAAAGACCCUCGACAUCACCCAAACGAAAGAGUAUUUGAAGACUCCUGGAAACCCCUGCAGGGUCCUGCACUAUGCGUGUUUAACAACAAACCUUUCACUGAAGCCGACAUCGCGGGAAUUCAAAAUCUCGGGGAGGGCAGUAAAGGAGAUGAUCCAAACAAAACCGGUCAGUAUGGGGUUGGUUUCAAUGCUGUGUACCAUCUGACUGACGUACCGUCGUUUGCCUCUAGUGGUGAAGAGAUUGGAGAUGUUUUGUGCAUAUUUGAUCCGCACUGUAAGUACGUGCCAGGUGCAACCAGUUUUGAACCAGGUAGGAUGUACAGAAACGUCCCAAAGUUGAGAAAAGUAUUCCCAGAUGUUUUUUCCUGCUAUAAUGAUAAAGAGUUUCCCUUACGAAAUUCAACAAUGUUCCGCUUUCCAUUACGAACUCUGGAAAUGGCGAAGGAUUCCAAGAUAUCGAAAUCACCGGUGACGCUUCAGGCAUUAGAUGAAAUGAUGAACGCACUAAAAAAGGAACUUUUCGAAGUUAUGCUUUUUGUCAACAACGUUACGAAGAUCACUUUGUGUGAAAUUGAUCCGAAAACAGGGAAAACUAAUAAUCACUAUUUUGUCGAGUCGAAAAUGACGGAAGAGGAUGCAGCGAAAAGGCAAGAGUUUGCGAGUCAUGUCCGACAGAUCGGAAAGUCAGCUGGCCAAAGAGACAACAUGUUUCCUAACAACAUUGAAGGGAAAAAGUGUUCGUAUGUUAUGAAGCUGCAAGACAGUAAUGGCAACGAGGAAAAGUGGCUUAUUGUACAACAGAUUGGCUUUGAUAACAAAGUGCAAGCAAGUAUUACAAAUGCUUACCAAAAGCAAGAUCUGGGAAUGCUACCACGAGGGGGAGUUGCUUGUCUCUUAGAAAAGAAGCCAACAAAGAACUGGUCAGAGAAUAGAAAGAGAAGGGCUUACUGUUUUCUUCCUCUUCCUUUAGAGACUAACCUUCCAGUCCACAUUAAUGGUCACUUUGCAUUAGAUCAUGAGGCCAGACGAAAUCUGUGGAGGGAUGAAACUGGUGGUUAUCGUAGUGACUGGAACAACGCUUUGCUAGGAGAUGUGAUUGCACCGUGUUAUCUGACACUUCUGGAUGAAGUUAGGGAGUUUCUUCACUUGCCAUCAUCGCCUGAUAAGGAACAGUUUACCCUUCACUGCACUGAAGAGGCUUUGUUCAGGAAGAUCAACCAAUACGAAAAGCUUUUUCCUUUGGUAGUUUCGGGUGAAACGUACUGGGCAACCUUGGGAAGAGCCGUGUAUCAGAAAAUGGACGAGAGAAGAUUGAGACUUCUACCGGUGGUGAGAGGUGGUGAAGCAGAAGGUACUGUUUCGGAGCAGCGACUGACAUGGCUCCCUCCGACAGGUGAGGGGAGAGAAAAAGCGUUCUUCAAUAACCUUGCAGAAAGUGGUUGUUUCUCUAGUCACUCAAGAGGUUUCCUCGGUAAAUGUGACACUGAAAAAGAAGUCAAACGGAUGCUUGAGUACCGAAAGAGAUUGGAAGAAAUAUUACUGGAAACGGGCUUUAAUCUUGUUAAGUUCUCGUUAACUCUGUGCGAAGCAUUCAAAAAAUCGUUUGUAAUUUGUGAUUGCGUAUCACCUUCUGCAGUAAUAAGGUUCUACAAGACCUUCAAUGAUGUCGAACCCAUUUGCAAGAUCGGACCGAUCUCUGUUAAUGUUGAAAAGAGUCCAUUCAAGAGUGCUGAUAACGUCUCACUCGUGUUGAAGUAUUGCAAGGAGGAUACGAACUUCCUUGAAAACCUGCCAGGCCUCCCUUUAUUAGUAACACAGGAAAACCAGCUACGUGCAUUCAGCACCACUGAUCCUAGGUUUCUGUCGCGUCAUCACAGCAUCCUACCGCAAUGCAGAGAAUUGUUUGUCCAUGAACGUCUAAGGAUACACAUCUUUGGCGAUGUAAAGAGUCAUGAAUCAUCGGUGUUUAAGCGUUUUGGUGUACAAGACUUUGCCACUAACUUGAAUCGAUGCCUACCAUCGGACUUUUUCGCUGAAGACGACUAUGUCAGCUGGUGCCCAACGCAAGAAUCAGUGCCCAAUGAGCAUUGGAUACAGGGAGUUUGGAAUUUCCUCAACGAAGAAACGAAGUUCGUUUUGAGUGAAAUGGAGCAAGCUGAUAGAGAGAAAGGUAUUUAUACAAACCUCCAAGGGAGACUCAACAGGAUUCAAGAGAUACUCCUACCCCUUUUUAGGUGGAGUAUCCUUCCGUGUACCGAAACAAUGACACAAAGAGAUGGAAGAAUUGCUGGGAGACCAGAGCACUAUCUAGUACCCUUGAGCCUCGCACAGUCUGUAUUUGAUUUUACAUCUUAUGAUGAGAAUAGCAAACCUCUUGUUGAAGCUCUGAGGCAGCUUAAUUUAGCUGAAGUGAAUUACACCGUAUUGAUGUCAGAUUCUUGUUCUCUGGCAAGCAACCUGGUAGCGUCACUUAAAAGACCAGAAUCUCUUCUCAAAUGCUUUGAGCAGAAAUUGAAAAAACACCCCAACGCAUUUGAAGACAAAUUGAAGCUAUUAAAAUGUCACAACGUUUUGAAGUGUUUCAGUGACAGCGUGAAUAGACUGGAAGAACGUGACAAACCUACGUUGAAAAGGCUUCCUUUCUACCAAGCAACACACGGCAGACUUACAAGUGUGGGCAGUACAGCGGUUUGUGUCCUACCUAAUGACGUUCCACGAAAGGAAAUGGACGCUCUUGGACGUCGAAGAAAUGUGAUUUUUCUAGAAGAAUCUUUUUCACUCGCUCCUCUUUUUCGAUUUCUUGAAUUCCAAUGCAUUUCCUCAGUUGAUGUGUAUUGCAACUUCAUUUUGCAAACCUUCGAGAUUUUCAGUAAAGAGGCAAGGUUUGCUCACCUGGAUUACAUCCGUCAUUAUAUUCUUCCGAACAAGUCAAUCGAUGACAAUGACAAGAGUAGGCUCAUGGCUUCUUUGAAAAACACGGCGGUCAUUACUUGCGAAGACGGAAGUUUAAGAAAGGUAUCCUCUUUCUACGAUCCCCGUAAUGAAGUCUUCAUAGUUAUGCUUGCAAAGGACAUGUUCCCUCCAGGUCCAUUUAACCAACAAGAAUGGCUGUUGUUUUUGGAAGAAAUCGGGCUAAUAUGUGUCGUCUCAAGAGAUCUGUUCACGAUGUUUGCCAGAGAGGUCGCCAUUGAAGGAGCUAUACGACCCUCAGAGGAUACUGAUAAAAAAUCGAAAGUAUUGGUAAAGAACCUUUUUAGUCGAGAUAAUGUAAUAGCAGAAGGGCUUCUACAAACCGUGUGCGACAUAAGUUUUGUGGCCACUGAACCUGUCGAGGAAAAGUUUCGUCAGCUCCAUCGGCAGUUUGGUGAAGUAGGUGGUCAAACCCCCUACAUUUCGUUCAAAGGAUCUGUGAUUGCAAAGCACGCUGAGAUAGUUUGGACGGCGGCACCUCUGCUUCCACAAUGGGCACAUCCUUGCAAUUACCGGUACCUGAUGACAUUGCCAGUCAGAACAAGUGCCAGUACUUACUACAACGCUAUUUGUUCCUGUCUUCAGGUUCUGACAGAGCCCACCCUUGACCUGGUUAUUUCCCACUGCCAAAAUUUAUGCUUUAAGCUGGAAAAAGACAACUACAGUGAUGUGCUAGAGAGCCAGAAAUACAACAGAAUUUUAGUAAUGAGUGGCAUAUACGCGUUCCUUCAAGAAAAGGCCGUCUCAAGCACCAUUGUAAAAGAGAGGCUGAAGGAUACUCCUUGUGUUUUGGUGGAGGAGGGAGGUCGUUUCGUUCACUCGAAGCAAGUAGUUCUUGAAUUGUAUAGGAAAGAUGAGAUUCGACCCUUUCUUUAUGGAAUGCCGGCAGAGCUAAGCGCGUUUAAAAGGCUCUUCCAAUAUUUGGGAUGUUCGCCAUCUGUCAAACCUUCUCACUACGUCAUGGUUCUAGAUAUUUUACACAGGCGAUCGAUGGAAAACAUGCUGGAACCAAACGAAGUUGGUUUUGCUUCAAGAGCAGUGAAAGGCCUUUUUGAAACGCUUCAAGACAUUCCGAGUGGAAUGUAUGGUAUAAAUAAUCUGUACCUACCUUCUACAUGUCUGUUCAGUAGCGGUUUGGUUGAGGAAGUACCACCUGUCGUGUUGGCUAGGUCGACAGAAUUAAUUUUCGAUGACGCUCCAUAUUACCAUGAUCGAAUUGGAGAAUUUGACUUUCCUUUUGUUGUUGACCUCAAGAAAGCUGGGGUAUGCAUCAAGUCCAGUACAAAUUACAAAGACCUAGUGAAGCUUCUUCCUGCUGCUGUCCAACCUCAGAUGAUGUCCGAAGUUAUCGAAGAGAAAAUCGUGGAAGAUGAUAAUAAUUCAGUUUUCGAAUUUGGGGCUGCAGACUCACUGAAGAAACAAUUCAGCUCUGAGCUGUUCUAUCGUGGAAUUGUUAGGCUUAUUCGUCACGCCAAUCAAGAUGGAGGUCUUGAUCAAAAUGAAGUCGCAGCUGCGAGGAGCGGUCUGCAAAACAUCGAAUUCUUUGGAAUGGGUCAAGUUGUUACUCACCUAGUUCAUAAUGGUGAGGUCAUCCAGGGGAGUCAGCAGGAAGUUCCCUUCUACAUGAAGAAAAUUUCAGAAUGCGGUCAAGAGAUGUGGAAAGUAUACGUCAGUGCUGCGGAGAACGUUGAAGUAGUCAUGUCUGCAAUAUCAGUAAAGCUAUCAGAGGUGAUUGCUCAAGCGUGCAAAGGACUGCUGGGAAAUACCAUUCUCUUCAUUCCUGAGAUGCUUCGUUGCGACCCAACCAUGAUCGGCUCCAUUUUAGAUAGGUUUAAGAUUCGCUCAGACGACUCCUAUGAUGCUGAAAAAGGAAAUCUACUCCCAGAGCCAGGCAGCUUUAUUCCUCUUAAACUUCACAAUCUCCUAAAUCCUGCUUUCAAAUCCUUUGAACCCAGGGAGUAUGUUGGAUACGAAUUGGAUGAUCCCAGUCUUCAACUUCAAGAAGAGGAUGUUACUUACAUCUACGCUGUCAUUAUUGAAGAGGUGACGACUGAUACUCACAGCCUCCUGAAAAAACGCUACAAAAUCAAUAUUGGGUGCGAGAAGGAACCUGUAAUUGCCCAGGCUUCAGAAUUAUACCAAUUUUAUCGUUUUCAAGAAAUAGCAUCCUCUUCCAUUGUUCAGUCUGACCAACAAGAAAGCCCCCCGUCAACAAUGGAUAAGGGGACGAUUCUGAAGGUCAUCUCGGAUAUGAUUGAGGAAGCUUGGAGACUAUCGGAGGAUAUGAAGAAACAGGUUUUCAAGCGCUUAAUCCUACAGUGGCAUCCAGACAAGAAUCCAGGAAACGAAGCGCUGUGCACAGAGGUUUUUCAACAUAUAAUGAGUGAAAUUGAAAGACUAGAGAGGGGAGAGUCUCGGAGACGUGAGGGAUGCACCCCACCUGGCUGGACUUACCAGGGGUCCUAUGGUGCCUUCUUCAACGUCUGGGGAAGGCGCGCAAGGCGAUAUAAUUCAGAUCGUCAAGAGUACAGUGAGAGCUUUGCCAGGCACCGUGGGUCUUGGACUCGUAAUUCAUGGUAUGUUCCUCCCAGCUUCUGUGAUACAAAUCCCCAGCCAGCAGAGGCACGGCGCUGGUUCAGACAGGCUGAGGCUGACUUAGCCGCUGCCGAUAACGACAUUGAUACUGCAAAACCGUCGUACGUGUGGGCUUGCUUCAAAUGCCACCAGGUGAGAAUUUUGCUCAUAAGAAUCUUAUUGACGAGUUGAAAAUACAAACUCUCCGGACCACUUGAAUAUAGCAUUCACAUAACUGUUUUGGUUAAUGAAAUUUGAAAGUGGGAAAAAAGAGCACAAGCAGUCCCUGAUUUUAAACCAAAUGUAGCACAUGUAAAUGCAAAAGUGAUAAGCUCUUAAUGUAGAAAGUAUAAUAGAAGUCGCUUCCUAAAAACGACAACCAAAAGAGAAGCGAUGACAGUAAAAAAUACAAAACAAAAGAAACGUCAGCCUUCUUAAAACUGAUAACAACGUUUUUCGACCAAAUUCACUAAUCAAACCUAGGUAUAAAUGUAUGCAUUGCCACGAAAAGGGUCGAUCAAUUUAAAAACAAGGUACUGUUUUCAUUAUAUAAAGGGGUAAGUUUCUAAAGAAACUGUGGUGCUGCGUCGGUGGGAGAGUAUAUCAGGUAAUUUAGUGUUAAGAACUGGGUUGAAAACGUAAAUUAGCCACCGUAAAGGGUAAAAAAGCUGACGUUUCGAGCGUUAGCCCUUCGUCAGAGCGAUGGCGAAGGGCUAACGCUCGAAACGUCAGCUUUUUUACCCUUUACGGUGGCUAAUUUACGUUUUCAACUCAGUUGUUAACACUAAAUUACCUACUGUUUUCAUUAGAUUGGACGUUUGGCACUUGAGUGACGCAAAAAGGCCGCUCACUGAGGUUAAAUUAAUAGCCAUGACUUCAUCUAGUGUUCUAGCAAAAAUGGAUGACGUUAAUCGUAAUCCAUAAAACACGAUCAACUGUUCAAUACAAGCAAGAGUUCUAAUGUUCAAUUGUUUAACAACUAGUUGAAUACUGUAAAGAGAAGUUCCUUAAUGGAUACUUCUAUUGAUUUUGUGCUGAUGUUGGAGGGAUGGAAAAGGUUCCUGCGAGGCUGCUUUCGGGCGUGCUUUGGUUUUCCUCUUAAUUUAUUUUUCGCAGCGAUUGCAUACGUAAUGAGUUUGGGAAGGAGGGAGGAACAGAAACACAAAACACAACGAGAUUAAUCACAGACAGUGUACAUGAUGUGACAUAGGCAAGAUAUUACCACAAACUGAAGUUCAUUCCUCUCCGUCUCAUGAACAUGAAGAAAAAUAUUGAGAUGUGAGGUUUGAAAAUAUCUACAUAAAAAUCCAGAUUAUUAGGGAAAUGCACGUUCUUUGAAUGGUCAACAAUUUUGUCACGCCUGGCUGGAGCGACCCGUAUUUGGGGAAUUAUAGGUAGAAGCAAUAACUGUAUUGACUGAAGUUAUAAGUUAGUUAUCCAAAUUUCUGCUAUAAAUUUUUACUCAAAGUGUUUUCAGUAUUGUUCCUUGACUCUUUAAAUCAAAGAAAAGCAAUUAAUAGUUUGAAAUUUCCCCCAGGUUUUCCUGUUGUUGUUUUUGCUUUUAAAAUGGUUUUAGAAAUACGACAGGUAAGUUUUUAAUAUGUAUUUAUAAUAAUAUAAUAAGAAAUGUGGUUGUAGCAGUUAUUUUAUUUUUUUCAGGCUGCAGAGAAAGCAUUAAAAGCUGCCCAAUAUUCUGUAGAUUCUAAUAAAACCAAUGUUCACAACCUGGUGCAAAAUUCCCUCACGCUGAAAGAUUCAAAUCUGACUUCGCUGUCCAGUAAUCUUGAGUCUCUAUUGGGUGACUCAACACGCAUGCGCUACCCGGACCAAGUUUGCUGUCCUCGUAUACCAAGCGACAUUUACAAUCGCGAAAUGGCCCGUCAGGCAGUGCAAUUAGCCACCAGGAUACUUGAUAAUGUGAGGGACAAAGUCCAGUAAGGUGCGUGCACUGAUGUGGCAGAGUUGAUGAUUUCUUUAGGUGGUUUCUGCUGUUAGAGCGCAAAAAAAGAAAAAAUAUAAAUAUAUAUAUAUAUGUAUAUACAUAUAUCUAGAAGAUGGACAAAUCAAUAAGAUAUAACUUUUCUGUGACUCUGAGUUUCACGCUUACGCGAUCAUCAGACAGAUUUUUAAUAUGUCUGAUGAUCGCGUAGGCGUGAAACUCACAGUCACAGAAAAGUUAUGUCUUACUGAUUUGUCCAACUUUCAGAUAUACCACGUUCUGCGAACGCAUUGAGCAUUAUGCCCCAAGGAUAGACAAUGUAUACAUUACACUCAACAGAUUGAACCCAGAAGUUAUGUAUCAUGUAUUUUAUAAUGUAGUCAAAUCGUCCGGGUGAGAGUAGUCCUUAGAGGGACUGUUGUCGGUAGCAGUGACUGAUGUUUCAACAACCUGAGCGAAAGUCAUUAUCACUGGAGUGAAGAGUUGUUGUUAAGGGGGGAGGGGGAGGGGAGGAAAGGGAGGGGGGGUUAUAAAGUGGGUUCACGUGUACUGGUUGGUCUGUUUUACCGCGAUGUUGUAGGCUGUGAGACUCAGGUGCCGUAUGGUCAGUCAAUCUGUCGGUAAUGUUGGGUCGUAAUGAUAUUUCCGAUGAUCAGAAAAGUUAGACGAUACGAUCAUAUAAGCAUCAAUUAAUUCUCGGUAAGUUACGAAUUUUAACUGAUUUCUAAUCGUUAAAAAAAUGUACCAAAAUUUCAUAAAUUGGUGCACACCUUUGCUCCGUCUUUUAAGUUUUUUUUUAACUAUUGUAUUUCAUUGCAGGAGGAGCUACUCUUUCAUCCUGAUGUGGCACCAAUUACAAAAAUGUUUUGCAUAAAGAGACUUUAGAGUGUGCUUAGAUGCUUUGGCUUAGAUUAAAACGAUAGUUAUUAGUCAUGCUUGUAUUACAAUAGGUGCUAUAUUCCAUCGAUGCCCUACAAAACUAGGCUUACAGGAUAUAUAACUGCGCUUAAAUGAGUGAGGAAACGAACUGAAAAGACAUAUUAUUAUUGGUAUAUUUCAUCGUAGUUUCAGUGUAGUAGUUUCAGCAUCAGUUUUCUCAGCGUAAUAUCAAAAUCCGGUUAAUUCUUGGUUUUAUUAGUUGUUUGGGAAGGAUGGAAUUAUAGGUGAUUUUAGAAUAUCAUUGGUAUGAAGCUAGUCUUUCCAGCUCAGUAAACGAAUUUUUCCUUAUGUGUGGUUUUAGUUAAAUUUUUACGUUAUCCGGCUUCAUAUUAGUCUUAAUUCAAUGGCUCCUUAAUUUGUGUUCAAAUAUAAACCAGUCUAUUCUUUGACUGCAGUGAACUUUAUUACAUUUUAAGCGAUAAUUUAGUUGAGAAUCCAGUAAAGUUUUUCAAUUUUUUCAUGGAUCCAGGUUCAUCUAUGAACGCCUUCAAGUAUAAUCAGUGAUAUAGAAUUGAUAACAUUUUGAAACUUAAACAGUUCACUUACUCCUUACAAAUAUAAUUCGUUAAAGGAGACAGGUGAAACCUGUAAAACUGAUAAUAAAGAAUUAACGGCAUGUUUUGACGUUUUGAUCUUGUUUUA